AUCACUAUUUUUUCCGGUGAAAUGGUCACCAUCGACGGGAUCCGUUGGACACAACGGGCCGUGGGGCCCGCCACUGUGUUGGCCAUCGGAACAGCCAAUCCUCCCAAUUGUUACGAUCAAAGCACCUAUCCUGACUUUUUCUUCCGUGUCACUAAUAGUGAGCAUAAAACUGAGCUUAUGCACAAAUUUAAACGCAUGUGUGACAGAUCAAUGAUUAAAAAGAGGUACUUUCACUUAACAGAGGAGAUCUUGAAAAAAAACCCUAAUUUCUGUGAAUACAAAGCACCUUCAUUUGAUGCUAGGCAAGAAAUUGCGAAUAUUGAAGUGCCAAAACUUGGGAAGGAGGCAGCCCAAAAGGCCAUCAAUGAAUGGGGCCAGUCCAAGUCUAAAAUCACCCAUUUGGUCUUUUGCACCACUAGUGGCGUGGAUGUUCCUGGCGCGGACUACCAACUCACUAGACUUCUUGGACUUGGCCCAUCGGUCAAGCGAUUCAUGAUGUACCAACAAGGUUGUUUUGGUGGUGGUGCUGCUCUUCGAUUGGCUAAGGACUUAGCUGAGAAUAACAAGGGUGCUCGGGUUCUCAUUGUUUGCGCAGAGAUCAAUUUGCUCUGCUUCCAUGCCCCAAGUGCAACCGAGAUUGAUGUUUUGGUUGGGCAAGCCCUCUUUAGUGAUGGGGCAUCAGCUGUCAUUGUAGGGUCAGAUCCAGUCCUGACUGCAGAGAGGCCUUUGUUUGAGCUUGUAUUCACAACUCAAACUCUUCUCCCAAACAGUGGAUAUGCAAUUAUUGGUAACCUUUGUGAGGCUGGCCUGAUAGCUAAAAUACAUAAGGAUACUCCAAUGCUAAUCUCAGAAAACAUUGAGAGGAUCCUAGUGGAAGCAUUCCAACCUCUUGGCAUUUCUGACUGGAACUCCAUUUUUUGGGUAUCUCAUGCAGGUGGACGUGCAAUUUUGGAUCAAAUUGAAUUAAAGUUGGGCCUAAAGCCUGAAAAACUCAAGGCUACAAGGAAUGUUAUGAGCGAUUAUGGGAACAUUGGGAGUGCUAGUGUUUUAUUUGUUUUGGAUGAGACGAGAAAAGUCUCUAUAAGGGCAGGAUUGGAUACCACCGGUGAAGGUCUUAACUGGGGCGUGCUUUUUGGUUUUGGGCCUGGCUUAACUAUUGAGGCAGUCGUCCUCCGUAGUGUAUCUAUUUAGGCUGCGGAUAUAUUUUAUGAAUUAAAAUAAAUAAAUAAAAUAUGGUGGCUGACAAAAUGUUUUAGCCACUAGACUUAUCUCAAUAACCCUUCAAUCUUCGCGGAUUUUUUUUUGUUAUUUU